AACGUACGUCUAUAUUGUUAAGGUUUCCACCUAAUUUACUUUACAAUUUUACAAAGUUUAGAUUCGUAUGGCACUUUUUAAAGCUGCAUUGAAACAAUAUUUUUAAUAAUGUUAAAUUAUAUUUUUAGCAAUAGUGUAUUUAUUAAGCUGUACAAGAUGGAAUUUCUCAAUGAUGGCUGCAUGGCAAGUCUGCAGAAGGGGAUUCAAGCCUUCAGGUUGCUACGCAACAGCCGUCUUCGGCCACGCAUGUGCGCGGUGCAUAGUGGGAGUAUCCGCACGAUGCUGAAUCAGUGCAGGACCAGGAGGAGGCUGAAAAUGGUGCAGCAUCAACAAGGGAAAAAAACGCUGCGGUCGCGUCAACGGAAUGAUGUGCCAUCCCCUAAACUCUCACUUUGAGAUUUUACUCCGACGACAGAAGAACAGGUAAAUGGCAGGGUUUGGUAAGGUGCUGGCCAACCGAUGCAGUGUGUAGGGCCCGUUGUCCACGGCGACGAAAACAUGAACGGGGCGGGGGAGCAGGUUGACAUCCUGCCCCCCAACUGCUUGGUAAAAGAGCGUUGGAAAGUGCUGAAGAAAAUAGGUGGCGGAGGGUUCGGAGAGAUAUAUGAGGCCUAUGACCUGUUAACACGGGAAAAUGUGGCUUUAAAGGUGGAAUCCGCCCAGCAGCCAAAACAAGUGCUAAAGAUGGAGGUUGCUGUACUAAAGAAACUACAAGGAAAGAAUCAUGUGUGCAAAUUCAUUGGAUGUGGAAGAAAUGACAAGUUCAAUUAUGUUGUCAUGCAGCUGCAGGGAAGGAAUCUUGCUGAUCUGAGGCGGAGUCAGCCUAGAGGGACUUUCAGUAUGAGUACAACUCUACGGUUAGGCAAACAGAUCCUGGAAUCCAUUGAAGCAAUUCACUCUGUGGGCUUCCUGCACAGAGACAUUAAACCUUCUAACUUCGCCAUGGGCCGGUUGCCGUCCACCUGUAGGAAGUGUUACAUGCUGGACUUUGGUUUAGCACGACAAUACACAAAUACGAAUGGGGAGGUGCGGCCGCCAAGGACAGUGGCAGGAUUUAGAGGAACAGUUCGCUAUGCUUCCAUUAACGCUCAUAAAAACAAGGAAAUGGGUCGUCAUGAUGACCUGUGGUCAUUAUUUUAUAUGCUGGUAGAGUUUACGGUUGGACAGCUACCAUGGCGUAAAAUAAAAGAUAAGGAGCAGGUGGGGCAGAUCAAGGAACGUUAUGAGCAUAGGAUGCUGUUAAAACACAUGCCUGCAGAGUUUCAUAUCUUCUAUGACCAUGUGCUGGAUUUAGAUUACUUCACCAAACCUGAUUAUCAGUUGUUAAUGUCAGUAUUUGAGAACAGCAUGAAAGAGAGAGUCAUAACUGAGAAUGAGCCGUAUGACUGGGAAAAAUCUGGAACAGAUACAGCCCUCCCCACCAGCACACCACCGCAACAAAAUACACGACAGACUGCAGCCAUUGUGGGGAUAGUGAAUGUGACACCGGUUCCCGGGGAAUUACCACGUGAGAACACUGAUGAUGUUCUGCAAGAUGAACACCUGAGUGACCAGGAGAACGCUCCACCUGGUUUAAUACCCAGCAGGCCUAUUGAGCCCACACCAGCCCCACCUGCUGGUGAAGGAUGGGAUGAAACUGACUUCAACCGUAAUAAACUCAGGAUUAGCAUCAGUAAGGUAGCAGCAGCAGAGGAGGGAGAGGAGCCUGCUGGAGGGUUGCGGCCUGUGUCCCCGGGUAGGAGUGGGGAGGUAGACGCUCAUGCCUGCCCACCAAGGUACCGGAGAGUCAACAGUCCAGAAUCAGACCGCCUGUCUGCUGCAGAGGAUAGAGGAGACGGUGCAGAUAAGCGCUCUCGUAUGGACAUGCUGGGUUCCCCAUCCAGACACGUCUACUCCUCCCAGCCUGCUCUGAUGUUCUCUAUAGAAGCUGGACAGGGAGAUCGACUGGCCGGUGGCCGCCAUGACAUCUCUGCAGAUGGUGACCAAGAGGCCCACAGUAACGCCUUCAUCCGAUCGGUUCCGCUGGCAGAAGAAGAGGACUUUGACAGCAGAGAGUGGGUAAUGAUCGAUAAAGAAACAGAGCUGAAAGACUUUCAUCCUGGGGCAGAGCCAACCACCUCAGGCACCACGGAUGAUGAACCCGAGGAAUUACGCCCCCUUGAAGACCAUGAGGAGAGGAGAAGAAGAGGAGGUGGUCAUGGACUGGGUGGAGCUGAGGCAGUUGUGCGACCCAAAACGCAUGGGAUGAUGCGUGUAGCAGAGGAGGAGGGGGCAGGGCCAAGCCCCACUUAUUCAGCUGGUCAAUUUUUGCCUCAUACCUGCCCCAGAAGAAGGGAGUCAGAGCCAUUUGGACCCGAUGGACCGGAGAUUGCAGAGACUGAAUGCUUACCCAGCACCUCUCAAACACGUCUGAAGCGAGUGGACUUCAUGUCUGGUGUGUUGAUGUUUGAUGACCUGAGAGAGGAGGAGGUACAGACACGAGGCUCAGGCAGUGACGGAAGCCCACGUAGUAGUGAGGGAAGCCCAGAGGGUGCAGCAUCCACCCUGCUUGCCCCCGCCCCUGCCCACCGAGACCACGAUCAGGAAGAAGGCUCACGUACCCUGGUGCUGGUCUCUGCUGGUAAUGGCCAGGUUUCACCUGGAGACGGGCAGGGUACCCUGAACGCAUUGACACCGCAAGGAGAGCGGCCUGUGCCUGAUGAAUCUGAACCCGGGACCUUGUCCUCCGUCAUCAGGUCGGAGCCCAGGCCUAUCGUUAUGACAACUGCAGCUGUGAUCACCAGUGGUUCUUGCUCGCCUCCGUUCACCAAAGUAGAACGUACUUUCAUCCAGAUUGCGGAGACGUCACAUCUCAAUGUCAUGAGAGCCAGACACCGUUCACCUGGAUUGGAUGAGGCAAUAUCUGCUGAUCGUGAUGAGUCAGGUGGGGAGAAAAAACAAAAGGAAGAAAAAAAAGAAGUGAAACAAGAGAGAAAUAGAGAUGGAAUUACAGUGGAAAGGGAAGAUGAAAACAGGGAGGAAGAAAAGAAAGACGAUGAGGAGAUAAAGGAAGAAAUUGAAGCUGAGAAUAAUAGCAAAGCUGAAGAAAUCGAGAAGGAAAUAGCAUGUGGUGGUGAGGAAGCAAAGACUUCCCAUGGAUCCCAUGACCAACCAGAGACUACAACUAUUGGCCCUGCAGAGACACACACUACAGAAAUUAAAAUGGAUGUCAGACCAGUAGUAGAGCAACAAAGUCAACAAGAGCAAGAAAAGUGUCCCUCUCCGACCCCUGAACAACAGAAAGAUGCAGAUGUGAAAGAUGAGAAUGGUGUGUCUCCACAGGGAGCAGAACUACCCAAUGGAAAGCCUGAGGCGACACAAAAACGAAGCCGCAUUCCUGUACUUAUGUCAGAGGAUGAAACUGGCUCGGACAAGUCAUCUCAGGCAAGUCAAGAACAGCUGCAAAGAAUUCGGAAAAGCCACCACCAACACCUUGCACGUCUCGUUCUGGAGCGUAAACAGACACAUCUGAUUCGAUCUCGGUCAGCCUCCUCCCGCUCCCCAACACUGUCGACGACAGCAUCUGAGGAUGAAACCAACCAAUCAGAUGACUCCGCUAGACGGGAGACAGGAGCCGAAGGACGCAACAGAAGUAAGAUCCCUCGGCCAGCCACACCCAUAAGGAGGUCUUCCGACCAAUCGGGGAGCAUGACACUCCAACAGACGCAGAGAUCUGUGUCUUUUAUUCAGUACAGAACCAACAGUUCUCUCAAUCCCAGGAUUCAAAAGUCUGCAAGUCUGCACACAAAUAUCCACCAGCAGCAGCAACAGCAUCAGAAACCUCAGCUCCGACCCUCUAAAACACUUCCACCUCGUCCUCCAACUUCGUCCCCAUCCCACUCACCAGGAUGUCGCACCGCCACGCGUGCUGUUUCUCGUACCUCAGCUCCCAGUGCCCCCCGAAGCAUUAGCACCUCCCCCCGGAGUUACGCCACCUCUCGCACCGAUAGCCCCUCCCCGCAACGGUUCCGUCGACAGCCAACACCCAAUGAAACGCAAAGACACCCCCAGAAGCCCAAACCUUCUUGCCCAUCACAGUCCAAACCCAAAGCUCAGGACUCCACCUCCAAAAAGAGUAAAGUCCACCCAUCAACCCCAUCCCAAAAAGAGAAAAAAGAACCGGUGGAAUCCAAGACUAAACCAAGAUAAUUAGAGUGCACUGAAUGAGGACUUUUACGAUCAUCCAGUCUUUAUUCUCUAGAUUGCUUCUCAUCCUUAGCGUCUUCAUUUAGGACCUGCUAGGCCACAACAUUCAGUGUUGGACAGAAGAUGAACCACAACAGACUCAACCAAAAGAUAUUAUUCAGCCAAGAGACUGCAACAGCUACUUAAAUACCUCUAUUGAGGAGAACCUCUGACAUUUACACACAUGCACAUUGAGAACUGUGUGGGUAUGUGUGGUUAUCAUGGAGAAGUGUGUUGGACAGAUCAACACACCUCAUAUGCCUUAAACCUUCAAAGGAAAUAAUUGCUGCCAUCACUUCAAGGCUUCCACAGGCUGUAUCCUCCUGUCAAACAUUGUCACGUCCAAUAAUACAAUCAAUCCCAUCAUAUGCUUUACAAUUUGUUUCAGUUGCAGCUUUGAAGCACUUCCUGUUCAGCUUCCUCUUGUUACACUACUACAGGUAAAUAGACAGACAAAUAAUUGAUUUGAUUUGAAAAUGAUUUCUAAAAUGCUUGAUCAACACAAUGUCAGAAUCUGUAAAAAGAGAAAGAUAGCUUUACUUAACCUGCAAUUUUAAUUUCUAUCAGAAAUUGCGACAGAGUGGCAAAAGUUACAGAUUGCAGCUUUAAGUAAAUGGUUGUGGCUAGAAGGGAUACAGGUAUGGCCCAAAUAUCAUGAAAUCUCGCCGGAUGAGCAUUGCUUUCAUCCUAAUCAACCUGCAACUUUCGCCUAUAUAUCGCCAUCUCUGAUAGAAACUUAAAAUUGCAUGUUACUUUACAUAUUUAUCUUUACUUUGGUUAAUGUCAAAUCACGUAGUUUUCAACAAAUUGUACUUGUAUUAUUAAAAUUACAAUCUGGGUAAGGUAAGGAGACAGUUUUGAAAGUUGAUUUUGUAUGUACAGUACUUGCUCAAUAACUGUUUAUUUUUAGUUUGGUUAUAAGAAAAAAGUUACGAAUUGCAGCUUUAAAGACAAAAGUCCCACAUGUACUUAAAGGUCACCUAAUAUGAGAAAUGUUGUUUGAACAUAUUUGUGUCCCCUGUUCUAAGCAAACUGACGUCACUUUGCACCGGCCCCCUGUCCAAAAACAUCCAAAGGCCACACUAGGUCAUAAUUUAUUUAGCAUGUUAGGAGUGUGACGAGAUCUCACGAGAUUAAAAUUAUACAAUGUUGAGUUUGUGGCAAACCCUUUUACAAUGCAUGCACUAUAUUAUUCUGUAUUUUACUGUGCGUGUCUCAGCAGUUUAAACAUGAAUGAAUGUCUGCAUGUUCUUGCUCAAGAAUUACAGUGGCUGUAUCAUUUCUUUUGUAAAGAACUGGACAAAUAUUAAACAUUUUAAUGGAUUUAAAUGUUGUUUGGCCAAAAGUGAGCCUUUUUCAAUCUAUAAUGAAAGUACAAUAACAAUCGUGAGUCUGCUGGCGCCCUCUGCAGGCAUUUGUUAUAAAACAUAUAAUUCUGGUUUUUAUUCCAUAUAUGUUUUUGUUUAAUAAAACCAUGCGUUUACUUUGUUUUGAUAUUUUAUUUGCACCAAUUAUUAGUCAGGUCCUCCAGAAAAACACGAUUAUGGGAUCGCAUGAUUCAAUGCAUAAUCAUCCAAAUUCGCCACAUAAAUUGCAGAUUUCUGCUCACAAAAUAUGGCUUGCAUGAUCUCAUUUUCAUAGCAAGAAGUCAUAUAUAUCUUAGCAGAAAGUUGAAUACUUUAGCAUUUACUUCACAUAUGCGCUGCCAUGUCCCCUGUUGUCAUGGGAAUGUUAGGAAGUGACGUAAUUACAUGACGUGAACAUCAAUGAAAAGCUGCAAACAGUUUUUGCAAGUUCACACAGUUUUUGCAAGUUCUCACAAUUUUGUCAAGUUCUUGCAAUUUCAUUGCAUAAAAUUGCAUAAAUAUUGCGCAUAUUCCAUUGCAUUUUUUUAUGAAACGUGCCGCAAGACCAAGGAUUUUUUAAGGUUAUUGCUCAUAUAUUUUAUCCUUUAGUAUUUUUUAAAAAGUGUAAAAAUCUCGUUCUAGUGAACCCAAUCUCGUGUCUCAUCUCGUGGAGUAAGUGUCUCGUCACACCCCUAUUGCACGUUUAUUAUGAACAAUGAAGUAAGGUGAUUUAUAUAUUAGGUGACCUUUUAUAUUCAGUUUCUCUGUGUUUAGGGCAGUCUUUCAUUUCAACCGAAAUCUGUUAAACUUUGUAUUUAUCUCACAAAUAACAACACUAAUAGGCUUAAAAUGGUGGUUGUGUGCAGAACAUGCAGAAAUAUAAUGGGAUGGGGCACCUAAGACUGGUAUAAACAAAUGUAAUCUCUAUACAGGUACAUAACUUUGCUGCUACAAUGUGAUGUCAAUCAUGAAUUCAUUUUGGCCCCUCCCAUGGUCUACUGAAUGUGUCAAUCCGUCGGUGACACACUUGUCUGCUAAAUCUCUUUGUUAACCAAUCCCUGACCAACACUGCUCUAAUGGCAUGCACAUAGAUAUGCUCAUUCUUUUCUGUUAUUCUCUUUUGCAAAACUGUAGAUAAUAUAAGCAGUAUAUUUGAAAACAAAUUUAUAUUUUUGUUCCAAAAAACAACAAAGGUUACAAAAAAGAUUAAUGAAUGAAUAUAGGACUACUUAAUUGCAUUUUUUCAAUCUAAAAAUGCACUGUUCUGAUCUGUAUGCAACAUUUAGAGUUCAAAGAAAGUUUAAGAGAAGGUCAACGAGAACAGAGAUGUCUUCUCUGAAAUAGAGACAUUUUGCACAGCCACACCAAGACGCUACAGUGAUCUGAAAACAAAUUGGCGGGAACCAAUACUCUGUGUAAAGGCAGCAUGUGUGAAAUUUGUAAAUGUAAGGUAGAAAGUAAUGUUACGGUACUGCUGCUCAUGUCACAAUGAAUGUCUACAGCAUGUAUUUAAAUGGUUGUAGGCUAUCUGAUGGAGUUUAAAUUACUAAAAGGUGCUAUUCACGAAUGAGUGUUUAUACAGGCCUGCUUUAGUCAUUGGUGUUUUAUUUGUCCUGUGCUUGGAUAGAACCUGAACAUCCCUGAAGAAACAGAAACACGUGCUGAAAAAUGUCAUUAGUGCACACUACCCAGUGUUAUUUGUGAGGUCUACAUAUAUAUGUGUGUGCACAUAUGAACUUAAAGGCUUAGUUUUGGACUACUCCCACUGCAGAACCACUGCAUGCUGUUGUUCGGUUGAAAUAACAGGACAUACGUUCUGCAAUAUAUGUUCCAGAAUGUUCCAUCUGUCACAAACCCUAAAAACUCUGCUUUUAUUACCAACAAUUUAACGAAAGAGGGAAGGAGGACGAAGAUGGAUCUUUGGUCAUCUCUCUUUAAUGCGUUCCUUUGUGCCCAUGAAGACAGAGAAUUUGCAUGAAUGUGAGUUUAAUGAAUCAUGACUGACUAACUUGUGCUAAAGAACAACCGUUCUGAAAUAUACAAUUAAAAGUACAAAUUAUAAAUGUCAUUCAAUAAACAGACGUUCCAUCAC